AUGUAUAGAAAAUACAGCUUUAUAAUUUUACCUGCUAUUGAGUCAGACGUGCUGCGUGUAACACAAACAACAUCGUGGAAAACUUUCUGGGAGAUCAUAUCCGAGGAACACGGCAUUGACCCUACAGGAGUGUACCGCGGAACCAGCCCCCUUCAAUUAGAACGCAUCUCCGUAUAUUACAAUGAGGCCUCUGUUGCGACGGCGGAGAGCGGGGGUAAAUACGUCCCCCGCGCAAUCCUUCUCGAUCUCGAACCAGGCACCAUGGACGCCGUCCGGUCAGGCGUCUACGGCCAACUCUUCCGUCCGGACAACUUCGUCUUCGGACAAUCCGGCGCCGGCAACAACUGGGCCAAGGGACACUACACCGAGGGCGCAGAACUCGUCGACGCCGUACUCGAUGUAGUUCGGAAGGAGUGUGAAAACUGUGACUGCUUGCAGGGCUUCCAGCUCACACACUCGCUCGGCGGCGGCACCGGUUCCGGUAUGGGCACACUCCUUAUCUCCAAAAUAAGAGAAGAAUACCCCGACAGAAUUAUGAACACAUACUCAGUUGUGCCUUCGCCUAAAGUAUCAGACACAGUAGUGGAACCCUACAAUGCAGUGCUCUCUAUUCACCAGCUAGUCGAAAACACAGACGAAACGUACUGCAUAGAUAACGAAGCUCUCUACGACAUUUGCUACAGAACUCUUAAAGUCCCCAACCCCACGUACGGCGACCUCAACCACCUAGUAUCCCUCACCAUGUCCGGUGUGACGACGUGUCUGCGAUUCCCUGGUCAACUGAAUGCGGAUCUCCGCAAGUUGGCCGUCAACAUGGUUCCGUUCCCACGUCUCCACUUCUUUAUGCCCGGCUUCGCUCCCCUAACGUCCCGCGGCAGUCAACAGUACCGCGCUCUCACCGUACCCGAGCUGACCCAACAGAUGUUCGACGCCAAGAACAUGAUGGCGGCUUGUGACCCACGUCACGGCCGCUACCUAACCGUGGCCGCCAUCUUCCGUGGACGCAUGUCCAUGAAGGAGGUUGACGAGCAAAUGCUGUCGAUUCAAAAUAAAAACAGUAGCUUCUUCGUAGAAUGGAUUCCGAACAAUGUAAAGACUGCUGUAUGUGACAUCCCGCCUAAGGGUCUGAAAAUGUCCUCAACAUUCAUCGGUAACACGACAGCCAUCCAGGAGCUGUUCAAGAGAAUAUCUGAGCAGUUCACCGCUAUGUUUAGGCGCAAGGCCUUCUUGCAUUGGUAUACCGGCGAGGGUAUGGACGAGAUGGAGUUCAACGAGGCUGAGAGUAACGUGAACGACUUGGUAUCAGAGUACCAGCAGUACCAGGAGGCCACCGCCGAGGAUGACACGGAGUUCGACCAGGAGGACAUGGAGGAGCUGCAGGCAGAUGAGCACCACGAUUAG